UCGUCCAAUAACAUUUUCACACACACUCAUCCCCCGGUCCAAAACAAAGCGCCCUUGCGAGAAAAGCUUAUAGAUUAUUUUAACUAAACUUAGUUAUUUACUUGAUUGCUUUUUGAUUUAGCUGCUGGUUGGAUUGGUAGGAGUGCUGGAUUUGCAGGCGCGACAGACGCCGAGAACGGUUUCAAUGCGCUGCUCCCGGUAGGAUUUGUAUCCGAGACGUGUUGGUAGGUUGGUUUGUGCGAAAGCAGGAACCAAUUUCUCGGGCCCGACAAAAUCGCACGAUGAAGCGCAACCACUGGGGCAAGCUGGCGGACGGUUCGGACGACCGGAAGGAGCUGGAUGCGAACGAUCUCGUGCUAACGAUGAGCAAGAUGGACAAAUUCCAGCAGAUCAAGCUGCCGUACACCAUCACCAGAGAGAAGCGCGUACCGCUAAAGAACCCGCUUGUCACGCAAACGGUGGAGGUGAUGAAGCAGACCGAAAUGAUCCAGACGCUCAUCGACACGUACUCGACCAAGUCGGGCUGCAACUACAUACUGAACCCGUGCCAGCUGAUGCCGACCGUCCACUUUCCCGCGAGCAACGUGGUCGACCUGACGCGGAUGGAGAAGAUCACGCGCCCGUUCUGGUUCGUGCUGCCGGACGAGACGCCCUUCACGCGGGGCGACCGGCGCAACUACGUGAAGCUGUCGAAGCCGGUCGUGCUGCAGGCGCUGCGGAAGGCGGCCUGCGGUCUGCUGUGCAUGGAGGGCUUCUCGGAGAUCAACGAGUCGGCGCUGAUCAUGAUAGUGGACGGGCUCGACCAGUACCUGCGGCUGCUGACGAGCGCUCGGUCGGCCCGGUCCGAGAUUGCGAUCGGUCUCCGGGCCCCGGUCUACCAGCUGCACAACUACUACAAAAAGCUGAUGACCAAAAACCGGGACGAGGUGCGGGAGUUCAAGGACAUCUACCAGGAGUACGACCGGCUGCUGCAGGAGAACCAGCUGUCGGUGCAGAACAUGCAGAAGCUGGGCGACCUGAAGGAGGAGGACUACAUGAGCUUUCUCGAUCCGCAGUCGCACUCGUCGAACGGCACGACCAUGGACGGGACGGCGAUGAACAUUAUCAACUUUAUCAACGGCGAAACGGUUAACGGUUUCAAGGACAUUCUCGAGGGUGAGCUGCUGGAGAACAGCAGCACGCAGGACUCCUCCGAUCAGAUGCAGAACCAGCAGUUCUAUCAGGCCGAUUCUUCGUCACAGGGCGGGUUUGCCCCUUCCGGACCGAUGUAGCAGUGCGCCGAGCAGCCGCCGCAGCAACGCUUUGCAUUCUAGAAUGGCAUAGGAAAUAGGAAUAAGUAAGUGACGGUGAAAACGUGUGGCUUUAGAAACAUACGAACAAUACACUGCUCAAGAAAUGUAGGGAUUUGGUCCUUUAGCGUUGCUAACACAAAAAGGAUUGAGGCGAAAUUAAUGUUUAAUUUGUUCCUAAAAUGCAGCUGCUGGAAGCAAUCGAGCGAAUCAGUAGAAGCAUGGAGCUUGUAUAGAAGUAAAUUUCGCUUUUGCUCCCCACUAGCAGAAGCAGCUUUUAAGAAGAGAAAAUCAGUACGAAUCAUGACAAGCAAAGUACUACGAUUUGUUACAUGGGGGAGAGGGUGAGUUUAACUUUUGUUAUGUAACGCUAAAUAAUUUUUUUUUAAUUUUUUUUUUGUGAGUAAUAAACGAGGAUUCUUCUUCGUGACUUCUCCGGUCAAAAAAAAAAAA